UCUGGAUAUGGAAAUGGAUCUUGCCCAGAAAAUCAAAGAUCACUGGGUGUCCGAGCAGCUAUGUAUUCAUUUAUGGCAGGAGCCAUAUUCAUCACGGUGUUUGGCAACCUUGCCAUGAUCAUUUCCAUUUCCUACUUCAAGCAGCUUCACACACCAACCAACUUCCUCAUCCUCUCCAUGGCAGUCACUGAUUUCCUCCUGGGGCUCACCAUCAUGCCUUAUAGUAUGGUCAGAUCAGUGGAGACUUGCUGGUAUUUUGGGCUUACAUUUUGCAAGAUUCAUUAUAGUUUUGACCUAAUGCUUAGCAUAACGUCCAUUUUCCAUCUUUGCUCAGUGGCCAUUGAUAGAUUUUAUGCUAUCUGUUACCCUUUACGUUAUUCCACAAAAAUAACGAUUCCCCUCAUUAAGCGGUUGCUACUUCUCUGUUGGUCUGUCCCUGGAGCAUUUGCUUUUGGGGUGGUCUUCUCUGAGGCCUAUGCUGAUGGGAUAGAAGGCUAUGACAUCUUGGUGGCUUGUUCCAGUUCCUGUCCAGUGAUGUUCAAUAAGCUAUGGGGGACCACCUUGUUUAUGGCGGGUUUCUUCACUCCAGGGUCUGUGAUGGUGGGGAUUUAUGGCAAGAUUUUUGCAGUGUCAAGAAAACAUGCUUGUGCAAUCAAUAAUUUGCCAGAAAACCAAAAUAACCAAAUGAGGAAAGACAAAAAAGCUGCCAAAACUUUAGGAAUAGUGAUGGGUGUUUUCUUAUUAUGUUGGUUUCCCUGCUUCUUCACAAUUUUAUUGGAUCCCUUUUUGGACUUCUCUACUCCUGUGGUUUUGUUUGAUGCUUUGACAUGGUUUGGCUAUUUUAACUCCACGUGUAAUCCCUUAAUAUAUGGUUUCUUCUAUCCCUGGUUUCGCAGAGCAUUGAAGUAUAUUUUACUAGGGAAGAUUUGCAGCUCACAUUUCCAUAAUACUAAUUUGUUUACUCAAAAAGAAACUGAAUAG